AUGCUAGUGACCAGCUCCCUGCGCAAAGUCACCAGUGAGAGGACCGAGCGCUUCGACCUCCACGAGGAGAUCGACUUGUCCACGGGCCUGAGCUUGAAGAGCUUGCAGGACUUCAAGGAGCGCUUCACCAAAUACAUCAGCCGGGCGCACGUGCUGGAGCAGUGCAAUGCCGUCUUCAGGAAGCAGCUGGAGACCCUGCAGAGGAUGGAGGAGGUCCCCAGCCUGGAGGCAGCCUUCAGAGAGCAGAUCGGCCUCAACCAGCGGAGGAUCCGCGAGCUGUCGUCUGACCGCGUCAAGCUGCAGAGGAAGCUGAACGAUGCCGAGCGAAUGCUGGAAGAUUAUAACAACAAGUACAUAGAUGAGUGUGAUCACCAGCAGCAACUGCGAAGGGCACUGGACCAGCUCAAUAGGGAAGCAGACACUGCCCUGUUGAGAAACCUGGAGUAUCAAAUCCAGUCUCAGUUCCUGCAAGAUGACAUUAACUCCACCAAGGAGAGGCACAAAAAGAAUCUUGCAGAGAUACAGACCUAUUUGCACAUCCUGCAUCAGCUCAACCACACGCAACUCUGUGUGGCCAGCGUUACAGGCGGGGUGCUGGAGCAAGAAAAACGUAUUUCCCAGAGGCAAGUUCCAGCCCUGCAGAAUCAGCUAGAGGAGUACAAGAACGCCAUCUGUAGUCUGCAGUCCCAGAAACAACAGCUGCAGAUGGAAACCUCAGCCUUGGAGCAGACUGUGAAGACCACCCAGGACAGCUACGACGACGAGAUCCAGGCGUACGCUGACUGCAUAGAGGCGCUGCGCAGGGAGAUGGAGGAGGCCGAGCGCACUCUGGAGAGGUACACGGACGACUGUCGCCAGCUGGCCGUGUACCAGACCUCCCUGGAGAACGAGCUGGACCGCCACAAGAGGAUCAUCGAGACCGAGGACACCAGACUCAGUACAGCAAUAAUUGGAACUCCCAUAACCUUGUUCACAACCAGUUUCCCAUGUACCCAGACCUCCUCAGUGACCAGCAGAGGAAAAGAUAUUACCCAGAUCAUACAGGACAUUACCUGUGUCAAACCUCGACAAAAGAACCUGGCAAAGAAAGGGCCGCAGACGAAGCUGGAGGAGAGAGCAGGGAGAGAGCAGGGGGAGGGGGAGGAGAGCAAGGCGGAGGAGGGCGAUGAGGAGGACAGGAGGCAGGAGCUGUUGCUCCCCCGACGGUGGGGGCCUCUGGGGGAUGUCCCGGACGGGGCCUACAUCAGCAGGGCCUUCGACUCGCUGCGCAACAUGAUGAGACACCGCAUGAGGAGGUACAACAGGCCUGAGCCUAUAGCCGACAUCUACACCAAGGGCCGCUAUGUGCUGGUCAGCGGCGAGAGCAGCUACAUGGACCCUUGUUUCUAUCCCUCCCCUGCCUCCGGAGGGCACAUCUUUGUCACCAUCGAAUGUGGCAGGAUGCCUUACGAGUUGUACGGGCACGGCGCAUCCACUCGCCCCUACGAACGCCCUGACCCCCUGCCUCCGAGUCCCCCUUUCUCUGCGGAGGACGAGGAAAAGGAAGAGGAGAAGGAAGACGGUGUGAGGGAGCCCAAGGUGGAGAAGAGGACUUUGACAGAAGAAGGAAGCAGUGAGAGGGGAAGUCAAAAUGAGGGGACUGGGAACUCCCAGAGUGACACUAAAGACUCUGACACUAGUGAAGACUCUGGUCCAGACAUGACCCUGAGCUCCAACGCUAACAAAGACCCCAGUCCAGCCCCAAACCCCUGCCAGACCUCCAGCCCACCAAACAACAAUGAGGAGUACCUGAAUGACACCAGCAGCUGCAGCACUACCUCCUCGACCCAAAAAAACGAGUUUUAGUAAGAUUGCACAGUUGAAAAAACCCCCUCCUCCCCAGAUAAACACACAUACACACACACACACACACACACACAGGUACAACCACAAGGUUUGAGUUAAUUGAUAUG